CACACAAAAGAUUGCGCAAGCCACUAACAUUUUCCUUUUCAAAUUAAGGGAGGAAGUGUGUGACGGACAAACAACACCAUUGUGAGCAAAGUUUGUUAUCAGUUUCUUGCAGAUUAGUAGUUUUUUGUUUUGCUUGCACAGGUACAUUUUUAUAAACGCAGAGACAGGUUAUUUAUAUACACACAGAAACGCACACAAAGGUCUGCUUGUUUGCCUGAAAACGAAAGUGACUUGGACAGUUGGAAAAUGGGAGUUGAUGGAUGUUCAAAAUGUGUCAAAUAUGCACUGUUUAUCUUCAACUUGCUCUUCUGGAUUGCAGGUACAGUUGUCUUGGCUAUUGGACUUUGGCUGAGGUUGGACCCCAAGACCAAAAGCUUGUUUGAAGGGGAGAACUCACCAUAUGUCUUCUAUACAGGUGUGUACAUCCUCAUUGCGGCUGGUGCUCUGAUGAUGGUCGUGGGGUUUUUCGGCUGCUGUGGUGCCAUCCAGGAGUCCCCUUGCAUGCUAGGAUUGUUCUUCUUCUUUCUGUUGGUCAUAUUUGCUGUUGAAGUCGCUGCUGGAAUUUGGGGAUUUUCCAACCAGACCAAGGUUAUUGAAGAUAUAACUACUUUCUACAGGCAAACAUACAAAAGCUAUAAAGACACCAAACAAGAUGCUCUCAAAGAGACACUCCGUCUCAUCCAGCAUGGACUUAACUGCUGUGGCCCAUCAGGAAACACCCUGGAAGUUCCUGAAGAGACCUGCCCAAAAAAGGAGGGACUCGAUGUGCUCAUUACAAAGAGCUGCCCUGAUGCCAUUGAUGAAGUCUUCAACUCCAAACUACAUAUUAUUGGAGGUGUUGGAAUUGGUAUUGGAGUGAUCAUGAUCUUUGGCAUGAUCUUCAGCAUGAUGCUGUGCUGUGCCAUCCGGAAAACCCGGGAGAUUGUGUGAGGGUCUCGUUGCCUGGGAAACUGCCAGUGUAUUUGUGUUGCAUGAUGUCUGUCCCAAAGCACUGUCUCUAACAUGAACUCAUCAGCUAAGAGCCAGUUAGAUCACGACACAGGCACACAAUGUACACUUCUCUGAUUGACACAGCAAUUCACUUCUUUUUCUUAGUGCAGCUGUUAUCACUGGUCCAAAUCAUGAGUAACAAGAGGAUUGGUUUAGUAUUCUAAACCCAUUGAAAAAGGCCUUCAAGUCUUGUUUUAUAUUUUUUUAUCAUUCAUAAUAGAUUUUAAAGAUUAAUUAGUGUUUGCUUUGUUGUACUUCAAGUUUUGCAUGAAUUGUUCAGAACUUUUCUAAUUGUUUCUGAUUGUGGAUAGGGUUUCAAUCUGGUUCACCCAUAUCGGUGCAUAUGGCUCAAAUAAAAGACUAAUUAUUCACGAA